CCUACUAUUCCCGAUGGAGUGAGUGGGGCCAAUGGAUGCCUUGCAGCGCCUCCUGCGGGGUAGGCACUACCAAGCGAUAUCGAUCGUGCCAGGAUGUGAUGGGAAGAGAAGCAGACGGAUGCGGAGACGAGAAGGAGAAGGUGGAAAUUUCUGACUGCUUCAACCAACGAUGCCUUCUUGCAUUAAUGUUCAAGAGCCAGGCGGAAAGAUUGGCGUAUCGCCUUAAAAAUCCAAAGAGAUACGUUCCCGCGUCACAAAUCCGACCACCCCCGACUGCGCCGCCCGGCACCGUUUUCAAGACUGGCUGGACUGGAUGGCAAGGGUGGGCGCAUUGUGACGUCCAAUGUGGCAGUUAUGGAACGCAGUGGCGGAAACGCGUCUGUCAGAAAGACCUGCUUCUCAGGACUUAUCAAUAUUCUAAAAAAUGUGGUCCAAACGGAACACCAUCGAAGGUAUCUGAAAGGGAAGAACGGAGCUGCCACGCUGGUCCUUGCACGCUAGAAGAAACAAGACAAAUUGGGACGUGGACUCAGUGGGCCCCAUGGGCCUCCUGUAGCGCUACGUGUGGACCGGGCUUGCAGUCAGCCAACCGAACAUGCAUGAAGGGCAAUUCGUUAGGUCGGAACUGUGACGGAGAUGAUUUCCGCGUCAGAGAUUGUAACCUGUACCCCUGCCAACACGGAGUUCCUCCGGGUGUAGCAUGGGGCGGCUGGUCUCAAUGGACAACAUGUCACAUGACAUGUGGGAACAUGUCAAAAAGAUGGCGCUGGCGGUAUUGUGUAAAAGAUGGAAAGAAAACCGAAGGUUGCAAUGGUGUUCCAAGUGGCCAAACUCGGAACUGCCGUGUGCCAGCGUGCAAAUUCUUAGACGCGGAUCGUCCUUCUUGGACACAGUGGGGCUCUUGGACGGAGUGCACCAAGACGUGCGGAGGUCAAACAGGAGAGUCGUUCCAGGAGAGGACAUGUAUGCUUCAGGGAUAUCCGUCCACGGGUUGUAACUAUGCAGAUCCCAGGGAGGAAAAGACCCGGCGUCUGAAAAUUUGCAGGAUUAGUCAACCUUGCCCAAAGAAAGAAAAUAAGCCAGUCAGCGUUGCCAGCGUCCGGAUCGCUGUUUGGUCAACCUGGGGCGAAUGGACAAAAUGCAGCGUAAGUUGUGGCAGCGGCAGCCGCUCCCGACGUCGAGAAUGCACCGAUGCCAACAAAAAACCUACAACGGGCUGCAGUGGAAAUCACUUGGAAUCCAGUAGCUGUUCGUCUGCGCCUUGUAGAUUGGUCUCAACCUCAGUUACACGGAGUAAUGCCGUCUCUUGGUCGAACUGGAGUGCAUGGGCGAAAUGCAGCGUAAGUUGUGGCAGCGGCAGCCGCUCCCGACGUCGAGAAUGCACCGAUGCCAACAAAAAACCUACAACGGGCUGCAGUGGGAAUAACUUGGAAUCCAGUAGCUGUUUGUCUGCGCCUUGUAGAUUGGUCUCAACCUCAGUUACACGGAGUAAUGCCGUCUCUUGGUCGAACUGGAGUGCAUGGGCGAAAUGCAGCGCUAGUUGUGGCAGUGGCAGUCGUUCCCGGCGCCGAGAAUGUACCGAUGCUAUGAAAAAACCUUCAUCUGGCUGCAAGGGAGAAUACGUUGAAUCUAGUACUUGUGCGUCUCCGCCUUGUACAUCAAACUCAAAGUCGGGAACGGGAACUAGUGCCGUCUCGUGGACGACGUGGAGCAAGUGGGGUAAAUGCAGCGCCAGUUGUGGGGGUGGCACUAGUCUCCGAUGGCGAGAAUGCAUGGACACUAAUAAAAAACUUGCUAUGGGCUGCCAGGGACAAUACACGGACAACAAUCAAUGUGGCACACAACCCUGCAAGUCUUCUACAAUAUCUAGGCCGCAACCCAAACCGAAAGCACCAUCUAUAGACGUAACCUCAAUUUACAACAAGUGGUCUGAGUGGCAAGCCUGUUCGUGUGCCGAUCGGCACAAGAAGAGAACCCGAACAUGUAUCAGUGGAAAGGAAGCCCAGUGCGCCACGUCGACGAUGGUUGUCGAAGAGACGGAGCGGUGUGACCCCGGUCGGUGUGAUGUCUCUGGGCAACCGCCUGAAGCACACGCAGCUCCCAGAGUGGGUAAGGCCUAUGAAUCUGCAGGAGGCAGCAUACAAACAGCAGAACAGCGAGAAGAUGUUGCUGCUAGAGGUGGACAAACAGGUGAAGCGGAAAGGGGAGAAGGAGAAGAUGGAUGGAGCGCUUGGGGAGACUGGGAACCCUGCACAGUCACGUGUGGAAUGGGUGUGCGCAUGCGUACUCGGCAUUGUUCAGCCGAUGAUUGCCAUGGCGACGAUGUUGAGUCCGAAGAGUGUUUUGCAGAUCAACUUUGUGAAGAUGGAACUGCUAUCAGCGAAUUACAAGCAGAGGUCGGGAAGGGGGCCGUCAUCAGUUGCUAUGGCAACUACUUUGUUGAAGAUCAUCCGGGAUCAAAAGUUGUUUGGUCAAAGAACGAGGAACCGAUUAAGCUAAAUGAUCGUUUCAUGUUAAAGAACCUCGCGGAUCUUGAAAUCAAACAAGUGCAAGCCGAGGAUGAAGGCAUCUACACAUGCGCAGUGGAGUCAGGAGACAAUACUUUUACACGCCAUGUAGUACUACUGAAAAUUAACUCUGUAAAAGGUGAAAGUGUUGGUAAGUUCUAA